AUGCACCGGAAGUACUACGCCGUCAUUUGGCAGCUCUUCUUCGAGUUGUUGGGUUUCCUCUUGUCGGUGCAUAACACGUUCCGCGAUGCCGACGUCUUGCGGAAAGUGCGGCAGAGCCAUUGCUUGGCCAGCUGUGGCUGGGCUCUCUUUGCGCUGAUCAUCCUGGGACUGUUUCAGGUGAUUCACGUGAAGAGGGCUUGGGCGCGACAGCUGAGAAGUGCUGAAGUCUUGGAAAGCCUGGAGGAUCAGGACUACAUGUGGAUCACUCCGGUGCUGGGUGCUGAGCGUGGCUUGCCGGUGGCCAUCGUGACCAACAUCCCAGCGGUGCCCAUCAUGGUCUAUGCAUUCCUUUUGAAGCAUUGCUUUGACAUGAGUUUCUGGAGCACUCAGCCUUCCACCGACCAUUCGAGGAUUUGGUGGUGUGAGCCGAAGACCAGGCUUGAGACCUAUGUGCUGGGCUUUUCCAUCCUGUCUCAACUCUUGGUGAUCUCCUUCUCCGUGGUGGACGUGGACAUUGGCACCAGCGCCUUCUUGGCGCGGCGUUAUGACGUGAGCCGCAGCAUGCAGGGGAAGACCAUGAUGCUGAGGUUGUAUCCCUUCUUCCAUAUCUUGGGCCGCAUCAGCGAGGUCAUGGCCCGCAUCGCCAUGCUGUGCAGCUUCUUGGGCAUUGCCGCCUACAAAAUGGGCCUGCUGGGGGCCUUCACCACGUGCUUGGUGGUCUUGUUGGAUCUCGCCGUGCUCCUCAUGAUCUUGCAGAGAUACUCUCCAGAGGAUGAGUCGAUUUACAUCCACUUCGCGGUCGCCUGCGGUCUCCUGGUCGCGGACGGAGCACGCUAUGUGGACCGGCCCGGGUUCUGCUACCCGGCGCGCUGCAUCAGCCGGGCGGUGGAUCGGUGGCAUCGCCUCCAGUUCCUCCUCUUGAUCGCCCUUUUCGUGGUGCUCCAUGUGACCCUUCUCUCGGGCGAGAGGCAGCAGGAGAUGCGGUUUCUGAGAUGCUAUCCAUUGGCGUGGUCCUUGGUGAUCUCCCUGGUGGUGAGCGAAGGCCUCAAGUGCACGGCCCUCAAGGUGACGGGCGACGACCUGCACACCGCGAUGCUGAACCACCGGAUUUCCCGAGUGCGGAAGUUGCUGGAGUUCAGUUUGGGAGGCGAAGUCCUUGAUGUGAAUGGCCCGACCAAGGACUCGCAGCAGGUGACCGCCACCAUGCUGGGCGCCCAGAGUGGCUUCGUGGAGGGGCUGCGGAUGAUCAUGAGCUGCGGAGGCAAAGUAGAGGUGCGCAACUCCCAAGGAGAGACGUGCAUCCACCUCGCAGUGCGACAUGUGCAGCUCGAAGCGCUGGAGUUUCUGGUGAAUCAGCCAGGUGCCAAGCAGGUGCUCCGCACCUGCCGGGCAGAGCUCAUGAAGCUGGCGGCUGAAGCCUGUGGCCUUCCGGUGCCGCAGGGCGAAGCAGCUCCGGAUGUUGGUCACUUGACGCGGGAGAGUUCUCGUUUGAACUCGGAGGACCUUCGGCAGCUGUUUCUACUCCUGGAACCCGAUCGAGGUACGAGGAGGAAUGCAGAGGUCGCUUCGUCCGUGGUGAGCCUCCAAAACGUGAGUACGCACCUGGCGAUGAGCAGACACUUGCUGCGGCUUUUCCCCAACGCAGAUGAAGAGCAGGCCCCCGAGCUCCACGAGCUCCACAGCGUCUCCGCGCUCUUGGUGGCGCACGGCUGCGGGUCCUUGGCGCGGCUGCUGCUGCGGCGGAGGCCGCAGAUGGGCUUGGAACAAUUGAAAAAGGUCCGGACCUUGGGCCAAGGUGCGUCCGGCACGGUCAUCGAGGUCGAGUGCGAGGUGCCUUCACCGGUGCCCCGCUCCUCCUUGCGUUUGCGCUUGCAAAGCGACGGCGCUCUGAUGGAGACCAAACGCUUCGCCAUGAAGUUGCAAUCCAAGCGCAAUAUGCACAUGGAUUGGCAAGCCUACUCGGAGGUUGUAGCCCUGAGGAGGUGUGGGCAUCCUUUCAUCGUGCGCCUGGAGCAAGCCUUUCAGACGCCUCACUACUACGCUUUGCUCCUCGAGCUGUGCCCGAACGGCGACGUGAAUCAACUGCUUUGCCAAGCCAAUGAGCAGGGGCGCUACCCCGGACUGCCUCCCGAGCGUGCUGCAAGGUUGGCGGGACAGGUCUUGCUGGCCCUGGUGCAUUUGCACGAGGACUAUGGCAUCAUUUACCGAGACGUUAAGCCCAAGAACGUCCUCCUCUCCGCCCACGACGAGGCCAAGUUGGCCGACUUCGGCUUGGCCUUGUACGUGGGGAAGAAGUUCUUCAAUGCUCAGGCGAUGCCUUUGGCGGGCACUCCCAGUUUCUGGGCGCCGGAGCUGAUCAUGGGCGAAGAAGGGCCUGAGCGGGACCCCAUGCAGGACAUGGGCUUCGACCCCUUCAAGACUGAUGCGUACAGCUUCGGUGUGACUCUCCUGCUGAUGCUCUUGGGGGAGGACUGUGCCGAGGUGCAAGCGGACGAGGAUGACUGCAUGUCGCCCGAACGAAUGGGACUGGGGAUGGACGCAGUGGAUCCUCCCUCGCAGGCUGGGAAAAGAGGUGGCAGGGAGAGGCUCCUUUUUCAAGAGCUACAAAGCCUCCCGGACUACGUGGGUAGCGAGCGGAGCGAGCUUCGCUGGGCGGCCACACAGGGGGCCUUUGCGCUGUGGUCCUCAACAGGAGGCCUAGUUGCUUGGGGCGAUCCGGAGGCUGGCGGUGAACUCCCAAGCCGUGUGAAGCAGCUGGUGGCCGAACGAGGUCCAGUGAGGCAUGUGCAGGGCUCCGACUAUGCCUUCGCCGCGAUCUUGCAUGAUGGAGGUGUGGUCAGCUGGGGCGAGGCGGCUGCUGGUGGAGAUUGUAGCGGAGUGGAGGAGCAGUUGAGCGACGUCCAGCAGCUGUGCUCCUCCCAUGCGGCCUUCGCAGCACUCAAAGCCGAUGGCACUCUGGUGGCUUGGGGUGACGAAGGCUAUGGCGGGACGCUGGAUGCGGAGGUGGAAAAGUUGCGAGAGGUCCAUCAACUCCGCGCCAGCGCCAGCGCCUUCUGCGCGCUGGUGGGUCCCGACCGUCGGGCGGUCACCUGGGGCGACCCCGACGGUGGCGGGCGAGCUCCGUGUGAGCUGAGCCAGGUGCAAAGAGUGGAGGCCUCCAGCGGUGCCUUUGCCGCCCUUUUGGCCGACGGCGCGGUGGUGACCUGGGGCGACCCCGGUGGGGGCGGCGACAGCAGCCAGGUCCAGCACCAGCUGGCACAUGUCCAAGACAUUUGCAGCUCCGGCGGAGCCUUCGCAGCGUUGCUGGAGGAGACGAAAGAGAUGUCAGGGUUUUUGCAGCCUCAUGAGGGCGCGCCGCGUGCGGCGCCCACGGAGGCGAUGCCGGUGCCGAAGGUGCUGCGGCUGGCGGGGAAUAGCAUGGCCUUUGCGGCCGUGCGGCAGGAUGACACGGUGUGCAGCUGGGGGCAGCCAGAGUUUGGGGGGGACAGCUUUGACAUCGCCCAUCGGCUGAUGAACGUGAAGGAGGUGCGAUCCUCCAUCACCGGCAGCGCUUUCGCAGCGAUCUUUAAAGAUGGAGGAGUCGUCGCUUGGGGCGAUCCGAGCAGUGGUGGUGAUUGUAGUGCCGUUCAAGAUGAGCUUUGCCACGUGGUCGACAUUUGCGCCUCUGGCGCCGCCUUCGCCGCCCUCACUACCGAUCGGCGCGUGGUCACCUGGGGCGCCGAGGACGCGGGCGGCGCCUGCCCGCGCGAGGUGCACGAAGCGGUUCAGAGCUGGUGA